AUGGAUAUCAUCAGGGCCAGCCCUGACGGCUACCAGGAAGUCAAGACAGGGUUAGGAUGGCGACGGGUCCUCUCCCCAUCCAGUACAGAAGCCACAUUCAGCCUCCCCGUCAUUGACAUCGGUGAUAUACAUCAUCAAGAUCGAGAUCGUCGAAGGCUUGUGGCUGAAGAGAUAUGCCAUGCCGCAGUCAAUGUGGGUUUCUUCUAUGUCAGUAACCAUGGUGUCCCGGACGAGGUCAUCAAAUCGAUCUUUUCAGAAUCCAGGCGCUUCUUCCAUGAACUUAGUCUCGAAGAGAAAAUGCAAUAUGAUACAGAAAAGCACGAGCACUACUAUGGCUACUAUCCAAUCAAUCUUGACCCCACUCUGCCUGCAGGAGCAAAAUUAAAUGAAGGCAUUAACUAUGGAUACGAACCCUCGACCGACCCUGAAGCUGUCACUUCAGAGAACAAUGGCGACAACUGGUGGCCCUCAGAGAAACGUCUUCCUGGUUACGAGAAGAAUGUCAAGACGUAUAUGUCUCAUAUGCUCGCGCUAAGUCGAUCUCUGCUUCGAAUGUUUGCACUUGGCCUCAAUCUGGAGGAGCAUUCAUUCGACCACCUAGCUACUAGACCAUACUCAAUUCUCAAGAUGGCACAUUACCCUGGGUCGCUUUCUGGAUCAGAGGAACCAUCAUCAAUUCGCCCUCAUACAGACUACGAGCUCUUGACAAUUCUUUUACAGGACGACAUUCCCUCUCUCGAGGUAUUGUCCAAUACUGGGCGGUGGAUCCAGGCGAAACCGAUUCCGGGUACAUUUGUGGUCAAUAUUGGAGAUUCUAUGGCGAUGCUCACCAACGGACUCUUCGUGUCCACCAUGCACAGAGUACUGAACCUCUCAAAACGAGAUCGGUAUUCAGUUCCCUUCUUUCUAGGCGCAAACCAAGAGGCGGAGUUGAAGGCUCUUGAGCAAUUUGUCACGUCUGAUCAGCCUGCGAAGUUCCAGCCCAUGACUUCUGGGGAAUACGUUCGUCGAUCUCUACAAGCAGUGUAUUCAAAACCGCACAUCGAGAUCAUCCGAGAGACGAUUGAGCUGAGCGGAUAA